UAAACAAACCGUUGAACGAGGAGCAUUGAUUAUAAACCAAAGAUUCGAGGAGAAAGUUGGAAAAAUGUCAACUUUGCGGCGGGCGUUUCAAUUCAUUCUCCUUGGCCUUGUGCUAGUUUCGGGAAAGUAUCGCUAUUACAGGAAGUACAAAUACUCUCCGGAGCUGAUAAGCGAAUUAAAAGACUUUGAAAAACUGAUUCCCACUGUUACAAUCGACGAACUAGUCGCCGAGCACAUGAUUACGGACUCUGGUUUUCGCAAAGCCGCAAAGUUUUUGCGCAGCUCCGAUUUCAAGAGGUUACAACAGCGCAUUGAGGCUCUGCCAGAAGUGGUGGAUCUGAUUAAUUUUGUGCACCUCAAUGAUACGGUCCAAGUAAAAAAACAAAAGUACUGGCAGCCUCUGUACUAUUACAACCGGUUCCGGAGGUCAGUUGAAGAUGAUCUCAAAGAGGAGAUUAUCAUGGUGCUGCUUCAACCGAACUCUGAGACCAAGCAAUUGAGUUCUUUCACCAGCUUUGUCCAGGAGCUACUUACUCAUCUGCCCCGCGAUCGUUUUGUGGCUUUGAUCAAUGAGAAACGUCAGAAAAGUGCUAUAUUUGCCCAGUUCUAUGAGGCAUUGAGAAGUGCAGAAUUCAAGACAAAAGCGGAAGCGGCUUGGAAAACCUCUAAUGUGCAGAGCGUGGUUCGCGAGCUCUCGUCACAUUCCAUCGAUGCCCAGGACCUAAAAGCGAUUGGCUAUGAAGUUAUAUCCUGGGGUCCUACAUAGUGUGAAAAAUACCUCUCCAGUUAAGCCCAAUAAAAUCGAAAAUCAA